AUGUCGACUUCAAUUGAGGAUAAUGAACUGCCCAGGGCAAUCCUGACUCGCAUUAUGAAGCAAGUGCUUCCUGAAGGCACAAACAUCCAGUCAAAUGCCAAAUUAGCCAUGGCAAAGUCUACAACAAUGUUCAUCAACUACCUAGCAUCUGCCGCAAAUGAGGAAGCUCUUCGGGCAGGUCAUAAAAUUAUAAGCGCAGCACACGUUUUAAGAGCCCUCGAACCACUUGAUCUUGAGGACAUGUUACCCCGAUUAGAGGAAGAAUUUAAAGCAUAUCAAUCAAUUCAACGAUCCAGAAAGAAUGGUGCAAAGGCUGCUGCUGCCAAGGAUAAAGAGGAAUCAUUAACAUCAAAAAAGAGAAAAUCAACUGAAGAAAAAUCCAGCGUAGCAGUAAAAGCCAGGAAAUCUUCAACAAACGAUAAUCCAAGAGGUGGGCAAGAUGUUUUAUCUGAAAGCGUAGAAGGAAAUGAGGAAGACAUGGGAGAUGAUCAGGAUGCAGAGGCCGAUGGUGAAGCUGAAGGUGAUGAUGAUAAAGACGAUAAUGAAGUUGAUGAAGCAGAAGGAGGCGAGGGUGAGGAUGAUGAAGAUGACGAAGAUGAAGACGAUAAUCCUGAGGCAGGCGAAGAUCAGGCAGAGGGAUCAUUGAAUAUGGAAGAGAAGGAUCAAGAAGACGCAGGAAAGACAUCGAAUUUGGACGACGACGACGAUGAUUCCGAUGGGUUUUAA